GAGGACGGACGGCGACGAGAAGAGGACAGAUCAGUCAAGAUUUUUGCUGAAAAGGGAAGCUAGGGAGCGGCGCCACCAGGGCCCACACCCAUCACCUUCUUCGGGGCGGAUUAAAAGGAAGGAUGAGCAAUUCCUGUCUACUGUGAAUGAGCAAAUCAAAGGUUUGAAGCGAGUGAAGGGCGUUAGUGAUGCUGGCGAAGCUACUCUCUUAUCGGCGGGUAUUGCUACACAGGCCCGCCUAUCAUCAUGAGUCUCUUCUGUUGGAACUGCCGAGGGCUUGGAAACCCUCGUGCAGUUCGAUGCCUCAUCGAAUUGGUGGGGUUAAAGCAACCUGCAGUAGUGUUCUUGUGCGAAACUCUACUGGAUCAAAGGGGUAUGGAGAAAGUUAGACGAAGAUUGGGGUUCAAUCAUUGUUUUGUAGUGGACAAACUUGGGCGGAGUGGUGGUUUAGCUGUGCUUUGGAAGUCUGACACCAAACUACCACUAGUCUCCUUUUCUCAGAAUCACAUUGAUAUGGAAGUGGAAGGCAUGGGUGCUGGCUCUUGGCGUUUCACGGGUUACUAUGGCCACCCUGAGAGACAUAACCGGAGGCGUUCAUGGAAACUCUUAAGAGAGUUAGCCACAAAAUCCGAGCUACCAUGGGAGGUGGUUGAGGUAUGUAACUUAAUUGAAGUACAAAUGGUUGGUGGUUAUUUCACUUGGCGUCGAGGAAGUGUGGAAGAGAAGUUAGACAGAUCCCUGGCCACGCCCAACUGGCGGGCCUUAUUUCCCCGAGCAAAGGUCAGACUAUUGCCUCCUUUAUCUUCUAAUCACUCGCCUCUAUGGAUUACUCUUAAUAGUCAUUAUAAGAGACGAAAUAGAUGCAGAAGGAGAUUCCGGUUUGAAGAUAUGGAGCUCCGAGAUCCUAGGUGUACUGAAAUUGUUAAAUCUAGUUGGAGCUUUAUUGUAAGUGGGGGGAGGUGGAACUCUCUGCUACAGAAAAUCAGCCUCUGUUCCAUGAAUCUUCAAGGUUGGAAUGCCUUACAUUUCGGCCAUGUGCAACAACGUCUUAAGCAAUGCAUGGAGAGCCUUGAAUCUUUGAGAAACAACCCCCCCUCAAUACCAACUCAGGAUGAGGAGAAGAGGGUGCUUGCAGAAACCGAGGAAUGGCUAGAAAGGGAGGAACUUAUGUGGCGACAACGUUCAAGAGAAAUAUGGUUGCAGGAGGGAGAUCGAAACACACGUUUUUUCCACAAGAAGGCAUCUAAAAGACGUGACAGAAACAGGGUAGAGAAAUUGAUGAAUGCAGAAGGUGAAUGGAAGUGUGAAUUUGCAAAGUUGCAGACCAUAGUGACGAGCUAUUUCUCCUCUUUGUUUUCAUCCAUCUCCCCCAAUAAUAUUGAACAAGUGACUUCUUGUUUGAGCCCUCGGGUAACUGAAGCUGAUAAUGCUUUCCUGCUCCAAAUGUUCACGAAAACAGAGAUUAAGAAAGCGCUGCAUCACAUGCAUCCUUUAAAGGCCCUUGGACCUGACGGGCUCUUGCUGGGUUUUUUCCAGCAUUUUUGGGAUGUGGUGAAGGAAGAUGUUGUACAAACUAUGGCUGACCUGCGGCCAAUUAGCCUUUGUAAUGUUAUUUUCAGGGUCAUAGCAAAGGUCCUUGCCAAUCGUUUCAAGCUGGUAUUGCAGAAAGUAAUUUCCCAAGAACAAAGUGCUUUCCUCCCAAAUCGGUUGAUUACUGAUAAUUUUAUGUUUGCUUAUGAAAUUCUCCAAUAUAUGCGAAAUAGGAAGGCGAGGAAGUGGGGUUGGCAAGCUAUUAAGUUGGAUAUGAGCAAGGCGUUUGAUCGGGUUGAAUGGCCAUACUUAGAGCAAGUUAUGCGUGCUAUUGGUUUUGCUAAUGGUUGGAUCAGGCUAAUCUUGAGUUGUGUCUCCUCAGUCAAAUAUGAAGUUCUAUUAAAUGGUAGGGAAGCAGGGCGGAUCACUCCUACACGGGGCUUGAGGCAGGGUGAUCCACUAUCACCUUAUUUAUUUAUCUUAUGCGCGGAAGGUCUCACAGCCAUGAUAGUUGAAGCUAGACUGAGGAAACUUGCAAUCUCGAAGAAAGCCGGAGGGUUAGGCUUCCGAGCUAUGCGUGAAUUCAACUUGUCUAUGCUAGGAAAGCAAGGCGGGAGGUUCUUAACAUGUCCAGAUUCCUUAGCAAUGAGAUUCAUGAAGGCCAAAUAUUUUCCUCGUAUGGAUUUUUUACAUGCAGAACUUAAAUCUCCUUGCAGUUUCACAUGGCGAAGCAUCUGGUAUUCAUCUAACUUACAAAAGCAAGGCUGUAGACGAUUGAUUGGAGAUGGUCGAAGUACUGAAAUUUGGGGUGACCCAUGGCUUCCGGGUAAUGAGCAAUUCUAUGUCCAGUCGCCAAGGCCUGAAGGCUGUACCCUCCGUUUUGUAAAUGAACUAAUCAAUGAAGAGACAACCUCAUGGAGGAGGGAUUUGGUUCUCGAGACCUUCAAUGCACAUGAAGCCCAACUGAUAUUAGCAAUGCCGUUGAGUUGGAUGCGGAGAGAGGAUAGCUGGGUGUGGCACUUCACUAAGCAUGGAAAUUUCACAGUACAUUCAGGGUACCAUAGAGCUAUUAAUAUGGCCAGAAGUCAUGCUGGGCCAUCUGCAUCCUCCACAAUCUUUGGUGGCAAUCGGCUGUGGUCCUUAGAAAUCCCACAGAAGGUACGGUUGCUUAUCUGGAAUGCCUACAAAAAUGUUAUUCCCACAAAGGACAAUCUUCACAAAAAGAGGGUAGAGGUGGACCUGGAGUGUCCGAUGUGCGGUGUGGAGAAGGAAUCUGUCUUUCACUGCCUUAUAUCAUGCUCCCUUGCCCGUGCAAUAUGGUUCGGAUGCCCUUUGAACCUUCACGUAUUUGAACUCCAGGUUGAUGAUAUUGCAACUUUUUUUGAUAACACAUUAUGCAUUUUGGGGAAAGAGCAGCUUGAACUUUUUUGCUUGUUGUGUUGUAGCUUAUGGAAUAGCCGUAAUGAUGCUCUAUGGAACAGACAUGGCAUUAGUCCGCAGCAAAUCAUCCAACGAGCCUUGACUUUUAUGACAAAAUACAAGCAAUCUGUAUUAUCAAGAGGCAGAGGGGCUGCAGUAGUGCAGAAGGCCACUGAAACUAGAUGGCAUCCACCAGACUUGGGUUUUAUAAAGCUAAACGUGAUGGUGGCUAUGGCGUGUAAGGGACAAGGAGCAGUGGAACCUGAAGUUGCUGAAGCCUGCAGUCUACGGAGAGCUCUUCACUGGGCUCAAUCCCUUGCAUUCAGAAGAAUUAUUGUAGAAUCUGAUUGCGCAACCAUUGUAUCAGCAAUCACCAGUGAACCUUUCAACAUGAACUCCAGUUUAGGACUCAUUCUUCUUGAUUGCAAAACACUGUUGGCUUCCUUCGAGUCGUGCCGGAUACAACACGUACGUCGAGCUGGUAAUGCUGCUGCUCACGAGCUUGCACCAAGAGCACUUACUGCUGAGGCUGAUGAGUUUUGGGUGGAUGACAUACCAGUUUCCAUUGAGCAUAUUGUAACAGGAGAUCGAUCCUUUAACUGAAUAUGUACUUACGUCUUGAUCUUCAAGUCUUAAUGAAGCUCGCAUAUGGCU